AUGGUCCCCGACGUGCCUUCUCCCUGGGUAUGGACCGUUGUUGCAUCGGUCUUUGUCGCCCUGUAUUGGCAUUCUCAAGCACAAAGACACCGUCGCCGCCUGCCACCAGGGCCCACCCCUCUCCCGAUUCUUGGAAAUGUGCUUGACAUUCCACGACAUCACUUGGGUUUGGAGUUCUGGAGGAUCUCACAGAAAUACGGUGACCUCGUGUAUCUGAAUGCGCUCGGGAAGUCCAUGCUCGUCGUCGGCUCGCACCGAAUCGCGCGGGAGUUGCUCGAGAAGCGGUCCGUGAACUACUCCGACAGACCAGGUUCAGUCAUGGCAGAGUUGACACAGUUCGACCGAUUUUUCAUCACUCAACGCUACGGCGAACGCUGGCGUCUGCAUCGCCGCGUCUUCCACAAAUCCUUCAAUGUCGGUUCGGUAGAACAGUACCGGCCCAUCCAACUGAAUUCGGCAAGGAGAUUCUUGGCUGCCGUCUUCGACUUCCCCCGCGAUAUCGCGACGCGUUUGAAAUUCGCUAUUGCGUCGAGUCUGAUCCUGAUUGCAUACGGCAUAGACAUGAAGGAGAGGAAUGACGAAUACUUCGAGAUGGUCGGACGCAUCGCCGAGACCGGUGAGACGAUCUCCGUCCCUGGUCGCUUCCCUGUCGAGGCGUUUCCGAGCCUGCGGUAUCUGCCCUCGUGGUUCCCAGGCGGCGGGUUCAAAGUGAUGGCGCGAGACGCUGGGGCUCAUAUGGAGAAGACUAUCAGCAAGCUCUACAGCAUCGCCGUGGAAGGGAUUCGUUCUGGAUCUGGGUGUGAGUCGUUCGUGUCUGGUCUGCUUGACGAUGCGAAAAAGUACGACCUCGAGGGCGCCGGUGAGCGCGAUUUGGAGACGUUUGUAGGAGAUUUGGCACUUACCGUCUACGCCGCUGGCGCGGAUACGUCAAACGCGGCGAUGCAAGCUUUUUUCCUUGCCAUGGCCAUGCACCCCGACGCCCAGCGAAAGGCACAAGAAGAACUCGAUCGCGUUGUGGGAACAGAUCGUUUGCCCGACUUCUCCGACAUGGCGUCCCUUCCCUACAUCCGGGCGCUACUCAAAGAGCUGCUCCGAUGGCACGUCAUUACGCCCAUCUCCUUGCCUCACGCAGUCAUGACCGACGACAUGUACGACGGGUACUUGAUCCCCGCCGGAUCCGCUGUAACCGUCAAUGUUUGGGGCAUUGCGCGCGAUCCUGAAUUAUACCCUGACCCUGACGCGUUCCGCCCGGAACGGUUCCUCGACGCGAACAGCCAACUGGACCUCACCAGGUCCGACCCCUCGGAUUACGCGUUUGGGUUCGGUCGCAGGAUUUGCCCCGGCCAGCAUUUCGCCGAGGCGUCCCUCUUCAUAUACGCGGCGUCGAUACUCCAUGUCUUCAGCAUAUUACCUCCCGUCGACGACAAAGGCGUCCCCAUCCAGCUUGUGCAUGACACAGCGACGAUGGGUGUUAUAGCUCAUCCUCAUUUCCAUGACUAUGUGGUGAAACCCCGUUGUGCGCGUUCUGUGCAGCUCGUUCAAGAGGCUUGUCGGGACACUUGA